CCAACACCGAGAAAUAUAUCUCGCUACUCCGACUUCACUCAACGAGAACUUCCUUUUCCUAUGGACAUCGGCGUUCUAUCCACAAACCAGGCACCUCCUUUUGCUUAAGAUUAUGGAAAAUAAUUUGGCGAUAAUGGAAGAGACGGAUCAAAUUUCCAUGUUGCCACAGGCAAUUUUGGACCAUAUUCUGUCUUUUCUUGCUAUUAAAGAUGCUGCAAAAACUAGUACAUUGUCCAAGGUUUGGAAUAGUGUUUGGAUUUCCCUCUCCUCCUUACAAUUUUGGAAUAGUGUUUAGAUAAUAUCAAAGAGCUGUUUUUAGAGGUUGGGAUAUACACUUACAACAAGUUACCUGAAGUAGUCUUUGCUGCCAAAUCUUUAAAUGUGCUUAGUUUACGUGGAUUUAAUCUUGAAUUACCCUCGGGUGGCAUAAAGUUUUCAUCUUUGCGAGACUUAUACCUUGUUGAUUCAUAUUUGGACGAGCAAUUACUUCAAGCUCUAUGCGCAAUUUGUAGACAUUUAGAAGUUUUUUCUUUAAGUGGAUUUCAUGGACUAAUGAGUUUACAAGUUACAGGAACUUUACCGCCAUGUAAUUAACAUAACUGCUUGCAAAUCCGUAAAGCAUUUGAAGCUCACUGCUAUGGCUGUCACUGACCAAUGGUUAGAGGACCUUUUUACCAAUCUACCCAACCUUGAAAUCUGUUACUUAUUUUCUUGUUCGUCGUUGAAGAUCAUUAAGAUUUCAAGCUACCGACUUAAGCUUCUGAAAGUAGUCUCGUGCUAUAAUCUGAUUGCGGUUGAUCUGGAUACUCCUAACUUAUUAAGAAUUACUUCUGAUGUUCUUCAUGGAAAAGAGGAACUCUUGUUCAAACUGAAAGCUUCGCAAUUGCUAGAAGCUAAGAUCAAAUUGAUUCCAGGCCUAGAAGCCCUUGACACUCAUUGGUACUCUAAGCUCGCGAAUUCUCUUGGUAACUUUAAUCUUUCCAGGGCUAUUACACUAAGCUGUGACGAAGACAAGGUGAUAGUUAUACCAAAAGACAUGAGAGAAAACUUGAUUCCUCCACUUUCUGGUCCCAAGUGUUUGCACAUUAAAAUUAUGGAUCGGUCGAAUUAUUCAGUUGUGGAUGUUGUUGAUAGUUUGCUUUGGAUGUCUCCUCAACUGGACACCUUAUCUGUUGACCAGGGUCGAGACUUAAAGAGCGUGAUCAAGUUUACAUACAGCGAUGCAGCAAAUGAAGACGAGAAACCUUGUUGUGCAUCUCUACCUUGGAAAUGUUGGAAGCAUGAGCUAAAGAAAGUUAAAUUGCAGAACUUUACAUGUACGGAGCUAGAGAAACUGAGAAACUAUUUUCUCUCAAAUACAGAUAUAUUGGAGAAGAUAAUUGAAGAUCCACCAUAAUGAAGCCUUUUUACUUCAGUUCAGUAGCUUUACUUUAACUAAGUUUCCAUGGUUCCUUAUGUGUAGUUGCAUCUAGCUAAUUUUAGGUUUUGAAUAAAUUUUCUACUGUACUAGAAGCAGGUUGUGUACUCGUCAAUCAUGGGCGAUCUCUCUUGGGACGUUUGUUUGCAAUGACAUUGUGCUUUGUUUUUUGUUUUUGUUUUUUUUGGUUUGGAAGUUUCAAACUUUAAGCAAAUUAUCCUAGACAUUAUUUUGAAGUUCAUGUAUUUGUGAUCUUGUUGA